AAGGUCAGUUCAAAGCCACGACGCAAUUUCCGAAAUGCCCGCGGAGUGUAUCGCGAAUCCUCUCCAAAGGGAAUUGGCGGACUGCAUCAUACGCAUGGUGCCUUUGGACGAAAUUCGGAUUUUAUUGGCAUGCGGUGCUAAGGUUAGCGAGCCAGUUACCCAAGGACUUACCCCAUUGCACUACGCCGUCUGGCAACGGUACUACGAGGCGGCGCAGCUGCUGCUGACGAGGGGUUGCAACGUCAACGCGAUUGACGAGUGCGGUUACAGUCCCCUGCACUUAUCCGCCGAGCACGGUUACACCGACGUCGUCAAGCUUCUGAUCUUGUCGGGGGCCAAAGUCGAUUACCGCGAAAACACGGAGGAGCCCUUUCCGAGGACGACGCUCUGCGACGAGCCUCUGCGCAUGGCCAUCCGAAACAAGCACAUGGACAUCGCCAGACUGCUGCUGGAAAACGGGGCCGAUCCGAACAAGCGGUAUUUUUUUGGAUCGGAAAUCAACCUCGUCAACGACCUGGAGUACCUGGAGCUUCUGCUCACGUUCGGCGCCAACGCGGACAGUCGCGAUCGCGCCGGACUAACCCCGUUGAUGAAGGCGGCCAGGCAACCUCAGGGCAUGGAGGCGGUCUUGUUGCUCUUACAUCACGGUGCCGACGUAAACGCGGUCGCCGACGAGCGUCACGAUUACAGAACCGUCCUCCACUACGCCGUCCUUUCCGGCAACAUCGACAUCGUUAACCUUCUGAUUAAGCAGGGGGCGAAGUUAAAUUACGACGAGGAGUUCGAUCUAGGCAAACCCAGCCCACUCGACUUGGCAAUCCUCAAAGGCGACCCGGAGAUAAUUCGUCUACUCGUACAGUCCGGCGCGAAUGUCAACUGCAGCUCAUCAAUUAUAGGAUCGCCGCUCCACGUCGCCUGCGCCGAUAACAUCAGCAACCGUUACGAAAUCAUACAGAUGCUCCUGAAGGCCGGAGCGGAUCCCAACGUGAAAGUCUUCAACGACUCCGAAAAUCGUAACUCACAACUGAGAUCGGUUCUGGCAGAAUACCUGGCGAGCAACGAAGAUCCCAACGUGACGAUCGUCAACAUGCUGCUGCGGUACGGCGCGAGGGUAAUAAUGAAGACCCAGUUUCGCGAUCCGGACGGUAUACUCAACUCUCUGCAGAACGUGGUCAACUCGAAGUCCGAGCAGCUCUUCUAUCUCCUAGUCGAGGGAUGCGAGUCCUUCGACUCUUGUAUGAUUAGGCGAAAUAACGUGAUCACCCCCGAGCAGAAAGACGUACUCCUCGAGCUCGCCAAGUGCCCCCUAAGUCUACGCCGACAGGUUCGCCUGUACUUGAGAAGGCUCUACGGGAGGAGGUUGAUCGACAUGGCGUGCAAUUUGGAGCUUCCCCAGUGUCUGGUCAAAUAUUUGCUGUUUGAGUAUCGUUAGGCGUAGGUGGUGCGAUGUCGCUUUUUGUGAUAAUUCAAGUAUUACACACUUUUUAACGCGAAAGGGUGGGUAUCCGUUACCUCCCUUUAGCAUGUGUCUUAUAGCGACCUUUCUUUAAUGUAGAGAUAGCGAUUUUAUACGUUUGUAUCGUAUCAUUAGACUUAAUGAAAAAUAAACAAUUUUGUAUUCUCCAAA